AUGAAGCAAGCAGCACCAUCUAGUCUGGUCAUUCUUGGAGCAGGAAGAAAGGUUUUCUUCAAUUCUACGGAAUAUGAUGAAGAAUGCAAGAAAGGUGCAAGAAUCGAUGGGCUCAACUUGAUAAAUGUCUGGCAAGCAAUGAAGAAUAAUACUAAUGCUAGUUAUGUUUGGAACAGAUCCCAGCUUUUAGCGGUUGAAACUAACUCUACUGAUUACUUGUUAGGCCUAUUCGAUAAUGAACAAAUGCCGUACUGGCUCAACCGCUCUGAACCCAACUCAACAAAGCCAAAUCUGACGGAGAUGGUAACGGUUGCUUUGAAAAUACUUUCAAAAGCGCCCAAAGGUUUUGUGCUGCUUGUUGAAGGUGGCCGCAUUGACCAUGCCCAUCAUGCUAACCGUGCAAAGCUUGCCCUUCAGGAGACGCUCGAAUUCGAUGAGGCCGUCACAAGACAGUGAGAAGUCUUCCUGAAAAUGAAACCCUCUACGUUGUGACAGCAGAUCAUUCGCAUACGAUGAGUAUAGCAGGCCAACCCGAGUCGGGGAA